AAAGGGCUGAGAAGCACUCAGCCCUAAAUGAAACGCCUAUAUCAACCCUCCUCCACAAGGCUCCUGGGACCAUCCUAGAAGAGAGGAGAAGAAAGAUGCACGUGGUAGGGGAAGGAAUGCUGUGAGAUGUUGUCUCCUGGCUGCGGCACUCAGAGACUCACAGCCGCCACACAAGAUCAAACCAGCAAGACCAGCCAGCGUUCCAACCGACAGCGCUAAUCGGACUCAGUGGGCUGCAGAAAAGAGCCGGACAUGGACUUGGCCAUAGAAGAAAUGUUUAAGAAGGACAAACAAAAGAAUAAGGACAAGGGGCUGGACAUGAACAGUGUUCAAGCAGGAGCCCCUGAAGAGUCAGACAUGACACUCAACAACGGAGGAAAAGCAAAUGAAAGGGGCAGCAACGAAAAUCCAUUACAGGUUUUAUCCAAAAAUGAGGCUUUUUUGGUCCCAGAGUUCUUGGGUACAGCCCAGUCCAAAGAGAAAGCCAUUGCUUCCAAGGUCAGCAGUACACUUCAUACGUCCACAGAAGACUCUGAGCUCCCACAGCAAGUUAGUAGCACCCUCACGUUUUCAGAGAAUACCGCCCAUCCCAGACAUGAAGUUAGCCCCAAGUCUUCAUCAAAAAACACUCAGCUGAAACAGGAAAACAUUUCUAAAUCUCCGGGCUACUCCAAGCAGGCCAACUAUAGCAAUACUCCCAAGUCCUUGGCAAAAACCACCUAUCCCAAACAGGGGAGCACCCUCAAACCUGCAACAAACAGCGCCCAUUACAGGGAGGAUGACAGGCCCAAGUCCUCAGAAGACACCAUCCCAUCCAAGAAAGGUGACAUGCUCAAGUCCUCAGAAGACACCAUCCCAUCCAAGAAAGAGGACAGGCCCAAGUUCUCAGAAGACACCAUCCCAUCCAAGAAAGAGGACAGGCCCAAGUCCUCAGAAGACAGCGUCCCAUCCAAGGAAGGUGAAAUCCCCAUGUCCUUGCAGGACACCAUCCCAUCCAAGAAAGAGGACAGGCUCAAGUCCUCAGAAGACACCAUCCCAUCCAAGAAAGAGGACAGGCCCAAGUCCUCAGAAGACACCAUCCCAUCCAAGAAAGAGGACAGGCUCAAGUUCUCAGAAGACACCAUCCAAUCCAAGAAAGAGGACAGGCUCAAGUUCUCAGAAGACACCUUCCCAUCCAAGAAAGAGGACAGGCUCAAGUUCUCAGAAGACACCAUCCAAUCCAAGAAAGAGGACAGGCCCAAGUUCUCAGAAGACACCAUCCAAUCCAAGAAAGAGGACAGGCCCAAGUCCUCAGAAGACAUCAUUCAAUCCAAGAAAGGGGACAGGCCCAAGUCCUCAGAAGACAGCGUCCCAUCCAAGGAAGGUGAAAUCCCCAUGUCCUUGCAGGACACCAUCCAGUCCAAGGAAGGUAAAAUCCACAAGCCUUUAAAGGACAGCAUCCAGUCAAAGGAGAGCAAACUCUCCAAGUCCUCCCAGGAAUCCAUCCAGUCCAAGGAGGGUAAAGUCCAUAAGCCCUCAAAAGAUAGCAUCCCAUCUAAGGAGGGAGAUAUUCCCAAGUCCUCAGCAGACACCAUCCAGUCCCAGGAAGCAAUCACCGUGUCCCCAGAAGACACCAUCCAGUCCCAGGAAGGUAACAUUAUCAAGUCGUCAGAAGAAGAUGUGCAGCUCUCAGAGAGCAAACCCUUAGGCCUUGGAGCAGAAAUAGAGACCCUGGAGGAAGGCUUGGUGAGAGUGAUCAAAGACAAGGAGGAGUUUGAGGAGGUGCUCAAAGACGCUGGAGAGAAGCUGGUGGCUGUGGAUUUCUCAGCCGCUUGGUGUGGCCCUUGCAGAAUGAUGAAGCCACUCUUCCAUUCCCUGUCUUUGAAGCACGAGGAUGUGAUAUUCUUGGAGGUGGACACUGAGGAUUGUGAACAGCUGGUGCAAGACUGUGAGAUCUUUCACCUCCCGACUUUCCAGUUUUAUAAAAAAGAAGAAAAGGUGGGUGAAUUUUCUGGUGCCCUCGUGGGGAAACUCGAAAAAAGCAUUUCAGAAUUAAAGUAAUCAUAUGUU